AAAACAGGAUCACCAAACGGUUUCUUAGUUAAUUAAAAACCACCUCAAAAGAAGUAAGUUAGCACUACCAAACAAAAUCAUACUCCCUCCGUCCAUUAAAGGGUUGACAGGUUUGACCGGACACGUAAAAUAAUAAAGUGAAAAAUGUGUGGUAGAUAUUCGUACGAUGGAGAUAAAAAUAAUAUGAGCCACAAAUUUAUUGAUUAAAAGGUAGUGACAAAGUUUUUGGAAUAAUCAAAAAAGAAAUUUGACAAAGUAUUUGUCUCGAAUUUUGACUCGAAUUCCUAUUCCAAAUUGAGUUUGACUUAAUUUGGCACGGACUCACGCUUUGAGUGACUGUUGGAGGGAAGCGUAUAUGGUACAGUCGGUUGUACAGUGCCAGCCGUAUAGCCGGUGGCAAACUUUAAUUUUGGUGAAAAUCAUUAUUUCGCUUAAAUGAGCAUCGAUGCAAUUCUCAUGAGCAUCAAGUCUGUUCUUUUGAGUAUUAGGAGUAUCAUGUUUUUUAUUUCUUGAAUAUGAGUAAUCUGCCAAGUUUGGAAAAAACUGUCAUGUUUAAUAGCUUAGUAAUGCUAAACUUGACAGAAAUUUACUCCUAUUUAGACAAUAAAAACAUAUACUCCUAUCUUGGAAUUUCAGACCGUUAGUGGUUGGGUCCUUUUUAGCCAAACGGGUCAACGUUAGUAAACGGUGCUGUCGGGUUGCCAGCUCAUGCCCAAGUUCAUGUCGCUUCUUCCUCGCCUCAACUCCUGAGCUUCGUUUUCAGCCGGAUUAUCACGAUCCAGAAACAUUUUCAUCUUCACUACAGUCGAGAAACGAUACAAAACAUAAGAAACAGUUUCUGCACUGGUUGUCUAUUAGCUUCGUCCAGCACUGCUUAAAAAGGGGAAACAGAGAUAACAAUGGCGUUUCUGUUUGGUCUUGUGAUAGGAGUCGUCGUUGGCCUAGCUUUGAUAGUCGCGUUUGUGAAAUCUGAGAACGCCCGAUCCAAACGCCGUUCUGAGCUCGCCAAUACGGUUGCAGCGUUCGCAAGGAUGACGGUGGAGGAUUCUAGAAAGAUUUUCACCCCGGACCAGUACCCUUCGUGGGUUGUCUUCUCUAAGCGACAAAAGUUGAAAUGGCUCAAUAGUCAUCUUGAAAAGAUAUGGCCAUAUGUGAAUGAGGCAGCCUCUGAUUUGAUCAAGAUGAAUGUUGAGCCUGUUCUUGAGUCAUACCGACCGGUGGUUUUAGCCUCAUUGAAGUUUUCAAAAUUCACCCUUGGCACUGUUGCCCCCCAAUUUACAGGAGUAGAAAUCAUUGAAGAUGGAAGUGAAAGUAUUACCAUGGAGUUAGAAAUGCAAUGGGAUGGAAAUCCUAAUAUAAUACUUGAUAUUAAGACUUAUGUCGGUGUUGCACUACCAGUGCAGGUGAAAAACAUUGGUUUUACUGGGGUUUUCAGGCUGAUCUUCCGCCCACUUGUUGAUGAGCUUCCUUGCUUUGGAGCAGUUUGUGUAUCUUUAAGACAGAAGAAAAAGCUUGAUUUUACACUUAAAGUAAUUGGUGGCGAUCUGACGGCAAUACCCGGCAUGGCUGAUGCAAUUGAGGGUACAAUACGAGAUGCUAUUGAAGAUUCUAUCAUGUGGCCUGUCCGAAAAGUUAUUCCUAUAUUGCCUGGGGAUUACAGUGAUCUUGAACUGAAGCCUGUUGGAAAAUUAGAGGUGAAACUUGUUCAAGCAAAAGGUUUAACCAAUAAAGACCUCAUUGGAAAGUCUGAUCCUUUUGCUGAGUUAUAUGUACGCCCUGUACGUGAUAAAAUUAAAAAAAGCAAGAUAAUUAACAAUGAUUUGAAUCCAGUCUGGAAUGAGCAUUUCCAGUUUGUUGUUGAAGAUCCAUUAACACAACACUUGGUGGUAAAGAUAUAUGAUGAUGAAGGAUUUCAAGCUAGUGAGUUAAUUGGAUGUGCUCAUGUUUGGUUGAAUGAACUUGAACCUGGGAAAGUGAAGGACUUAUGGAUGCCAUUGGUUAAAGACUUGGAGAUACAAAGAGACAAAAAAGAUAGGGGGCAGGUGAACUUGGAACUGUUGUAUUGCCCAAUUGGCACGGAGAAUGGGUUUGCUGACCCUUUUGAUGAUAAUUUUUCAAUGACUUCGUUAGAGAAAGUUCUUAAAAGUAGUGCAGAGCUGAAAGAAAAUGGAAGCAAUGUCAAAAGAAGGGGGGUAAUCGUACGGGGGGUACUUUCAGUCACUGUGAUAUCUGCUUACGACCUUCCCGCAGCUGAUCUUCUUGGGAAAGCUGAUCCCUAUGUUGUUCUAACUUUAAGGAAAGCCGGUAUAAAGAACAAAACAAGGGUUGUCAUGAAAAGUUUGAAUCCAGAAUGGAAUCAGACUUUUGACUUUCUUGUUGAGGAUGGAUUGCAUGAAAUGCUGACUCUAGAAGUCUGGGAUCAUGACACCUUUGGAAAGGAUUACAUGGGACGAUGCAUCUUAACAUUGACGAGGGUGAUAAUGGAAGGUGAGUAUAAGGAAUGCUACGAGUUAGAUGGUACCAAAUCAGGAAAGCUUAACUUGCAUCUCAAGUGGACACCGCAACCGAUUUACAGAGACACCUAAGUCACAAACGUUUGGGACUGCAUUCCCUGAAAUACCCUCCUGAUUUUUGUAGAUACUUUGCCAGAGCUCAGAAGCUUGAGAGAUUGUCAUUGUAACGUUGUGGUGUACAUAGUAUAGUUCCAUUGUUUUGCAGAGGUUUAUGGAGAAGGCAUAUAGCUACAAAUCUCUAAUACCGGAGUGCGUUGAAGUGAAUUAAAAAAUAAGAAACUUUGACAGAAUUAUAUAAUUAAUAUAGGUCAUUAGGAAAUCCAGUUUGAUAAAUGUUCCUGCCUUUUUGCUUCAUAGGUGUUUACGUUGUCUUUUAGGUUUUAUAUAUCAAAAUAUCAGCAACAGUUUUAAGUGUAUCUACCUGAGUGAGCCCUUUGUGUAGGCGUACUGUUUCAGUCAGUGUAUGUUUCUUGAUUUUGUUGUUAUCCUGAAAAUUAUUUUGGAAACUUGAGGACACGUAGAGAA